AUGGCUUCCCCUGCUUGGACACAAACGCCACCAUGGAUCUGGCUGCCAACACACAGUGAGGACGAGAGCCAACCCGGCCGGUAUUUCCUUUUUCGGAAAAGCUUCCAAUGGACUCGACCGUACGGACUCCAUGAGUUUCCAGUUCAUGUUUCUGCCGAUAGUCGGUAUCGGCUCUUUGUAAAUGGCCAGCGUGUCAGCUUUGGCCCUUGCAAGAGCUAUCCGCAACGUUGGUACUAUGAGACAGUCGACAUUCUACCUUAUCUCACAGAAGGAGAAAAUGUCAUUAGUGCGCGCGUUUUGCGGUACUCUUGUGUUAACACUGGUUCUUCGUCGAUAAUGAGCACUGAAUUGCCCGGUUUAAUGGUGCAUGCUGAAAUUGAGGGACUAUCCAUUUCUACGGAUAUUUCAUGGAAGUGCUUACAAGAAACUUCCCGCAAGAUUAUCCCUCACUCAAAUUGGAACUAUCUUUUGGGUCCACCAUUCAUGUCAAAUAAUGAAAGAGUAGCAGAAGCCAAAGCACUUUCUGGUUGGAAGCAAGCGGCGUUCGAUGACACCACCUGGCAGGACGCCGUCUUUCAAUUCCGCCCCGUGAAAAUGCUUCCAAUCCAACGUCCUUGGAAAUUGGAGCCACGUCCUAUUCCAGAGCUCCCAGAGAUUCUGGGAAGAUUUGAUAGAGUAGUUAAAUGCGAAGGAUCCACCACACACACGCAGUGGAGCAGCUUCAUCAAAGGAGAGGAGGAGUUGAUUAUACCUGCCGGACAGACUGUCACCGUCGACAUUGAAUGCGCAUCUUUGACUACAGCAUUUGUCAACUUUCAAUGUGGCGAAGGAAUGGGAUCAAUUAUCACAUUCCUGUAUUCCGAGUGCUAUGAGAAAGACCUCGGUAUUGAGAUUGCGCCUUUCCCCAUGCCAAGAACGAAAUUGCUUAGAUCCGAUUCUAAUGGCCGGCUAUAUGGAGUGAAAGAUAUCUAUACAGCGGCCGAUGGCCAAAAAGAGCAAACAUUCGAACCAUUCUGGUUCCGAGCAUUCCGCUAUGUUCAACUGCAUAUCAAGACAUCAUCCCAACCCCUCACACUCAAAGGGUUCACUCUCCGCGAGACCUCCUAUCCUCUCGAUAUCUCGACUAAAAUUCAGGCUGGGUCAGAACUCAAGAAAAUUUGGGAUGUCAGCCUACGGACUCUCCAAAAUUGUCGACAUGAGACAUACGAAGAUUGCCCUUUCUAUGAGCAAAAUCAGUUUAUAUCUGAUGCCCGCCUCCAAAUGCUUUUCACAUAUCAAUUGUCAUCGGAUGAUCGACUUGCCAGAAAAACUUUGGAAGAAUUUCAUGCCAGUAAGAAUCCUGAUGGGUUGCUUAAGGCGCAAUUCCCGGCCGGUUUCAACAGUAAACAGAUUCCUCAGUUCUCAUUAUACUGGGUUGCAAUGGUCUGGGAUCACAUGAGAUACUUCGCGGACAAAAAGCUUGUGCGCCGGUACUUGAGCACUAUCGAUGGAAUCCUUAACCACUUCGACGAGCGAAUUAAUGGCCUCGGGCUGGUUGGUCGGUUUGAUGACGAUACAUGGCCCUUCAUCGACUGGGUCAGCCAAUGGUCGGUCCCAGGGAAGAUCUUCCAAUCGUGCAUGCCGCAAUCAUACACCACCACAGGCGCAGCAACUCUUAACAGCCUUAUGUAUAUUGUUGCUUUGAUGCAGGCAGCGGAGCUAUGCAAUUUCAUGGGAAGGUCAGAUACUGCCUUCGAGUAUUCCACCCGAGCACAAGCCCUCCGAGACGCUGUGAAUACGCAUUGCUUUGACGACGACCUGUACCUGGAUGGUCCUUCGACAAAAGAAUACAGCCAACAUAGUCAAGUCUUUGCUGUGCUCUCAGAAACGGUCACUGGUCCAGCAGCUCGAGAAUUGAUGGUGCGCACAAUGCAAGAUUCCUCAAUGGUGAAAUGCUCCAGUGCUCUGCAAUUUUACGUGUUCCGGGCUGUGGAGAAAGUUGGUCUCUACAACGCGAUGUUCCCCACUUUGCUAGACCCAUGGAGACGCAUGCUUGCUCAUGACUUAACAACAUGGGCUGAGUUUGAGGAAAAUCCUCGAAGUGACUGUCAUGGGUGGAGUGCUUGUCCAGUCAACGAAAUCAUCACCAAGCUGUAUGGUGUCGAGCCAGCUAUGCCAGGCUUCAAACUUCUACGUAUCGAGCCACGAAUGGACCUUCUCACGACAGGAGAGGGUACUUUUGUUACUCCUGCAGGGAAAAUCAAGUUAAAGUGGGCUGACGAUGGAAACCUGGAGGUCAAGCUUUCUACCAAUAUUGAGGCAGAGGUCGUGUUUGGGGGCUCAGUUUACAUUGUCUCAUUUGUGGCUGGAAAGACGGUCAGUUUUCUCAAGGAGACGGAGUCAAUGGUCAUCAUUUGA